AAUUGCUAAGACAAAUAUCCGAAUCUCAGAAAUUUCUCGUCCUCUUUCUCUGUUUUUUGUUUCUGGGGAAAAUGUCUUCUGCGAUUGUUGUUUCUCAAGAUGCGGAAUCGCUUGGUCUGCAAAUUUAUAGCCGCAAGGAGAAAUCUCUUGGGGUUCUCGUCUCCAAUUUCCUGAGACUGUAUAACCGAGACGAUGUGGAUCUCAUUGGGCUCGAUGAUGCCGCUGGGCAAUUAGGAGUUGAAAGGCGGCGUAUCUAUGAUGUGGUCAAUAUAUUGGAGAGUAUUGGGAUUGUGGCAAGAAGAGGGAAGAAUCAAUACUCGUGGAAAGGUUUUGGAGAGAUUCCUCGUUCUCUAGAUGAACUCAAGGAAGAAGGGAUGAGAGAGAGGUUAGGUUACUCAAGUUCAAACAAUUCAGACAAGGUUUCAAAUGGUUGUGAAAGAGAAGAACCUUUAACUUUAACACCUGAUGAUCAGGAGAACUCAUCAUCCUCUAAAAUGGACCAAAAGAAGGAAAAAUCUCUCUGGCUUCUCGCACAGAAUUUUGUGAAGAUGUUUCUAUGUUCUGAUGAUGAUCUCAUCACACUUGAUAGUGCUGCAAAAGCCUUGCUGAGCGACUCUCCAGAUUCAGUCCAUAUGCGAACUAAAGUUAGAAGACUUUACGACAUUGCAAAUGUAUUUGCCUCGAUGAAUUUAAUCGAGAAGACUCAUAUACCAGUGACUAGGAAACCAGCAUAUAGGUGGUUAGGGUCCAAAAGCAUAGCUGAAAGAGGAUUAAGCUUAUUUAAUUCCGGAGAACCGAAGCGGGUAUUUGGAACAGAGAUCACAAACUUGAGGGCAAAGAGAAACAAAACAUAUUGUUCAUCAAUCCGCAAGCAAAUUGGAUAUAAGAAACAUGACGAGGAAAACACAGAGCAGGAAUCGAAACCAGCUGCAAGUAAAUAUGUGUUUGGCCCGUUCUCCCCAAUAGGAGCAUCUAAGACGAACAACGACAAAGUCGGAAAGGGAAGGUUACUAGAGAUCGAGGCCCUUGCUUCUACCUACCAACCACAGUAUUGCAAUCAAGAAAUAACUGGUCUUCUUGGGCAUUUCACGGAGGCAUGGAAGAAAUGGUAUGCAGAGGUUGAUCGGAAUAAAUAACAUUACUGAGGUCACAUGUUUUCUCUGGGUACAUGAGAGCACAUAACUCAUCCAACAUAUAGCUUUAGUCUUUGUUUGCCUUAAACAAUAGUAAGAAACAGAGUAUUGUUAUUGUUAAUAAAAGUCACACCCAACAAAUUCCGAGUGACUUUGUUCUAUACUUGAUUCGAAUUCCUAUCCUCUCCUUAACUUAAUAUAAAUGUUUAAUCCAUCCAUAUUUGGUUUGGUAUCAUUACAUUUCUUUUCAGUUGUAAAAAGAAAAGAAAAUUUAUGCUCA